AUGGCAGCAAUCAGUGCCACCCUGCCAGCAGCCAUUCACAGCUCAGUUUCACUUCGCUGCGACGCGGCUUUCAACCCGCGCCGCGUGUACCCCGACGUCUCCCUUCCAAGGACGCGCCUCGUUGCGAGGACCUCCCGUAGUUCGUCCGUCACCGCAUCUUCUCCCUCGAAUUCGGCCCCCUCCUCCCCUCCCACUCUUCCCGAGCCGCUCAUUCCUCUCGGCCAAUCAGAGCUGUGUGUGUCACCGCUGGGAAUCGGCACACUCCAAUGGGGCGAUCCGCGGUCGGGCUUCGGUGAACAGUACUCCGCUGCUGACCUGGCAGAGGCCUUCCGGGCGGCGCUGGCGGGCGGCAUCAACCUGUUUGAUUCUGCAGAGGUCUACGGCUACCAAAGCAUCCCAACUGGGAACUCCUCCGAGCAGCUUCUGGGAAGGUUCGUGGCGGAGGAGAAGGCGAGAAGGCUCCAGGAGGGGAGCGACAGCUCGCAGUCCCCGGCGCCUGUAGCAGCCUCCAAGUUCUUCACCAUUCCCUGGACCAACCUGCUCGUGGGUGGCGGGCUGCGAUUCGGCCGCCAGUCGCUGAUAGAUGCUCUCAAGGCGAGCCUGCAGCGCCUCGGCAUGGAGCGAGUUGAUCUCUACCAGAUCCACUUCCCCUUCCCCACCAUCAGCAACGCCACGCUAAUGGACGGGCUCAAGCAGGCGCAUGCAGAGGGGCUGGCCACGGCUGUGGGGGUGUCCAACUAUAACACACAGCAGCUGCAAGAGGCGCAUUCCCUUCUCAAAGCGGCCAGCAUCCCCCUGGCCUCCAACCAAGUCAAGUUCAACCUGUUGGACCGAGGGACAGAGACUAGCGGCCUGCUGCAGGCGUGCACGGACCUGCAAGUGUCGCUCAUAGCCUACUCGCCCCUGGCAUCAGGCCUGCUCACAGACAAGGCCCUCACACGCUCAGACAAGGACGCCGUGCGGGUGCGUCCCUUGCUGGAGCUUAUGAGGGCUAUCGGGGAGGAGAAUGGCGGCAAGAGUGUGUCUCAGGUCGCCCUUAACUACAUCAUGUGCAAGGGUGCCAUUCCCAUCCCCGGGUGCAAGACAGCAGCGCAUUCCACAAGCCACCUGGGCAGCAUGGGCUGGCGCCUUACACCAGAGCAUG